GCGGGAAGAGGACGCGGUCCCGGCGGAUCCGCCGCUGGUCCCCGCUCCUGGGGACAGCCCUGGGGACGGCGCACGGCUCCGCAGAGACAGCAGCUGUAGGUGUUGGUUAUGGCUGCAGUGUAUCAAGCACUGCACAGGAGAGUUUCCUCCCUGGUCUGCAGGCUGCACUCCACCUAUGUGAGAAAAAUGAGGUAUUUAAAUCAGUUGAAGGAAGAUGACAGCCUUUGUAGACAAGCUCAGACCUCAGGAACAUUCUACCUCUUUCACAAUCUCUCCCCCUUCCUGCAGAAAGUUGGGAAGAAAUAUUUGGUACCACAGCUCAGUGCAGCAGAGAUGAGAAGAGUUCUGGAGAAGUUCCCAGAGGCCGAGCAGUGGAUGGAGAAGUCGGUGCUGAUCGGUUGUUCGGACGAGCACAGACCGCGCUUUGCGCUGGAUUUAGGAGCCUUGGAUAAAUCAGUCAUUGAGUCAGAACUGCAGGGAUCAUUUACUGACCUACGAAAGGCUCUCUUUGUGGUGGACAGGGAGGAUUCUCCUUUGCUGGCUUCGGCCCAGUCCCUCCUGAGGUGGCACGAUUCCCACCAGUACUGCAGCAGAACUGGGCAGCCCACUCACAAGAACCCAGCUGGCAGCAAACGUGUCUGCCACGCCAGUGGAGUCACCUACUACCCACAGAUGUCCCCAGUGGUGAUCACCCUGGUGUCAGAUGGGAGCCGCUGCCUCCUCGCCCGACAGCCCUCCUUUCCCCCAGGGAUGUUCACAGCUCUGUCAGGCUUCUGUGACAUGGGUGAGAACGUGGAGGAGGCAGUGCGGCGAGAAGUGGCCGAAGAGGUGGGGCUGGAGGUGGAGUCGCUGAGCUACUCGGCUUCCCAGCACUGGCCCUUCCCCAGCAGCUCCCUGAUGAUAGCCUGCCACGCCCUGGUGGCAGCCCAGAGGGCUGAGAUCAGUAUGGACACCUUGGAACUGGAGGAAGCCCGUUGGUUUGGCCUGGAGGAAAUUGUGGAGGGUCUGAAGAGACAGCCCAGCUCUUCAAAGCAAGGUGAUGGUAGUUUUUUACCCUGGUUCCCUCCCAAACAGGCCAUUGCUCACCAGCUGAUCCAGGAGUGGCUGCAGCAGCAGACUGCCCAGACUGCUUAGGCAGGGCUUCACUGACUCUGUGAUCCCACCAGAACUGUGAAAGCUCAGCAGAAAAGCUUCCAGAGCCCCUGGAGGCCAGGGCUCUGUUAGUGAGGACAGCACCACUGGGACACACCGACCUACAAAGGUCCCUGAACUGAUCUGACAGUCCCAUGUGCAGUGGAUCACCUCUGACAUCCCGUGAUUUGAAGCAAAUGUACAAUAAAAUCCUUGGUUCCAAAACAUCAGACUGACUGUGAGCAGCUGUCACUGACCCCAUGGCACCAAUGUCCCAUUUUCCUCCAUUUCUCCUGUCUUGGAUGGACAUGGAAUGCACCCUUUUUCCCAGAACAAAAAUAAAAGGACAG